UCUGGAGCAAACAAACUCAUACCAGAGUCAUCUGGGAAAGCAGAUUAGAUGAAGAGGGCAUUUUUUUUUCUUUAAACAUUCUCCAGCAUGUGACUAUAUGACAACCGCUUCGAUGCAUCUAGUUAGAUUUUUGCUUAUUCUAUACGCUACUAUUUUUGACUCAAAUAUUUGGUAGUUUAAGUAUAUAUAUUAGAUUGCAUAACCGUUUCAUCAAUACUAUUAAAAAGGGGUGAUUUGGUUUUCAUUAUGCUUUUCAACCUUGAAACAAGCUGGGUCUGCCAACUUCUCUGACUUUUAGAGGCAAGCUUAGGAGCCUUUUUCUUAUGCUAGCAUGGAUCUUAAUGAUCUUAACAAAGUCUGGGAAAUCAAGCCUCUAAAAAGAAUCGGAGAAGAUGACGCAAGGAAGAUUCUCGAAAAGGUAGCAAAGCAGGUUCAACCGAUUAUGCGAAAAAGAAGAUGGAAAGUCAAUGUUCUUUCUGAAUUCUGCCCUGCCAAUCCAUCACUUUUAGGGUUAAAUAUAGGACCAGGUGCAGAAAUAAAGAUAAGACUUCGGAGGCCAAACUGCGAGUGGGAUUUCUUCCCAUAUGAGCAGAUUCUCGAUACCAUGUUGCACGAGCUUUGCCAUAAUGAACAUGGUCCCCAUAAUGCUCAGUUUUAUAACCUUUUGGAUGAAAUCAGAAGGGAAUGUGAAGAACUGAUGGUCAAAGGGAUUAAUAGCACUGGGAACGGAUUUGACCUUUAUGGGAGACGUCUGGGUGGGUCCUCCCAGCAACCACCUUUGUCAUCACUUCGCCAGACUGCAUUGGUAGCUGCUGAAAGCAGGGCACGUCAUAGAGCUUUGCUGCCUUCUGGACCUCAGUAUUUAGGUGGUGAUAAAAAUAUCAAGUCUUCUCUGAGUCCAAUACAAGCUGCUGCCAUGGCUGCUGAAAGAAGACUGCACGAUGACAAGUGGUGUGGGUCAAAAUCUCAAAGGAGUGAGCCUCAAAUGAGGGAGAAUACAAGUUCUAGUGAAGCCUCUUCAAGAUCUAUUCAAACUUCAGCUAUUCAAUCUGCAACAACCAAGGAAAAAUUUGAGGGAGCAAAAUGGCAGUGCAACACUUGCACUUUGUUAAAUAAGCCAUUAGCAUUGAUAUGCGAAGCCUGUGGAACAGAGAUGCAGAAAGGUGUUUCCAAGUUCAAAAUUUGGUCUUGCAAAUUUUGUACUCUAGAAAACGGGGUUGAGCUGGACAGAUGCUUAUGUUGUGGAGAAUGGAGAUAUUCAUAUGGCCCAUCAGUGACCACCCGUGGGCCUUACAUUGCUGUUAACUUCAUUGUGUUUAGAAGGUUCCAACCCAAAAUAUUAUGGCCUGUUACGCUUCCUAUGAAUUAGUCCGUAUCUAACCAAUGAAAAGGCAAGGCAAAGGUUAUAAAUAAGUGAUUUAGGCGCUUCAACUUCCAUUCUUUGUUGUGACGUGAAUCGAAGGCAUCAUAACCCUUUCUUUUUCUGCGCCGCCGAUAAGGAGCUUGUGGCUAUGGCGGAACCUGUAACCAUGCCGGACGUAACCAUGUCGGAUUCCAACACUCACGACCAAGGUGAGGAUCCUUACAAAUUUAUUUUCGAUCAUUCUCGUAUCUCAGCUUCGCAGGAAGAAUACCUGCGCGAUCUUUGUGUCAGAGCACGCGGUCACCACUCUCCCUCAACCUCCGUUGACUCCCCCGUUGUUCCCCUGGACGUUUUCCACACUCCACCGGAGAACACCUCGCCACCCUCCUUCUGCGACCAGCCGACGGCCGCCACCGAAUGCGACCAUCCUUGCACCGUUAAUCAUGCCGUCGAUGUUGACGCUGCUACGCAAGGGUUCAUCUAUUUGAGCGAGGGGUUGAACUUAGGGUUUUCAGGAGUUCAGCCGUCGCAGGGAACGAACGUCGUCGGUGAAAGCUCGGUGAAAACAUCAAAAUUUUCGGAAGGCGACAUGGGUUCUGAGAAAGAACCAUGCACUCCUGAAGUUGUUGAUUCGUUUAGAGGUCUCUUAGAGUUCACACAAGAAGAGGAGAAAGAUCUUGAAGAUUUUACUUUGUUGGAAGUAACCCAGGCUUCUGAGAUGGUUUUUCCUCGGCCAAAUUGGUGGCCGGAAGGCUUUGACGGAUUGGAGAAACCGCCAUGCUCUGAUGAUGUGUAUACAGCUUUGUUAAAGAUAAAAACUGAAAAGGAGAAAAAUUUUGAAGAUCUCAAUUUAUUAGAAGUAUUAGAAGUAGCCAAAGCUUGUGGGAUGGUUUUUACUCCGCCAAGGUGGUGGCCGGGAAGGCUUUGACGGAUGAGAAAAGUGUAAGAAAACUGUCAAAACUCUUUUUUUGUUGCUUCUGCUUCAUUUGCAGCUUUUUUGUGCAGUUCACGAGUUGACGUUUUGAUAAUACACGAGAUAUGUGAAUUUGGAAAA